CCAGUCCCAGGUUAUUAUCACUUCCAUGUCCCCCUUGAACUGUCGACGUGUUCUUUCUCACCGUCUUCAGACACCUAACAAUUCAUCUCUUCCAGAGUCAACCCCUUGCAACAAGAUAUUCGACAUCAUCAACAUCUACAGCCACAUGUAAAUCGUCACGCCGACUCAACGCCACCAGCCGCCUUAAUCGUUAUCUCGAUACCUUUCUCUCUCUACCAAAUCAGAUCAACUCCAACUACCGACUCCGCUUUUCCCGUGACCUGAACCUCAACCUGAACCUGAACCUUUGGCACACGUUCCAACAUCACAGAAACCCAAACUUGGUGCACAUGUACGAUACUUGGAUCAUCGCCCUCAAAUCCUUCUGAUCUCAACCACGGUCGAACAACAAGCUCCAGAUGCCCUCGCAACUAUUGUUGCUCGCUUGGCCCUCUCCUCACUCCUUGUGCCCAACGGUGUCGACCUGUGUUGUCCCUCCAUCGUCCUCUUCCUCGGCUUAGCCAACGCGCCAUCUGGCUCCGUAGAUACUGUACGAGUAGAGCAGCUGACCCACCCGUCUCCAGAGCCUGCUCACUCUCUGUCCGCCGUCGUCAUCCAACGAAUUGAAUUUCCAUCCCCGUCCUCCCUCACCACACUUGCACGUAGGGCUGGUCAUCAGACUGCCCGCUCAACGUCGCCAAAAUUCCCUCUCCUCGUUCCGAUCCUCAAUCCUUCCUCCACCACCGAUCCCAGUCCUCUCGCUCUCGCUCCGAACUUGCGGGCCAGUCCUCCAACGUGCCUCCCUCCGCAGUCAACGAAAAAGGCGAAAGCUACCGGCGACAUUCUCGCUCCUCUGCCUCAGACUCCGACGACUUUUCGCUUUGGAGUGACACAGGAGAUAUCGCUGAACAGCUCGCCAACGACGAGGAUCCGCUUCGCAUUGAGCUAGAUCCUCUAACUAGAGGAGGUCAGAGACUGAGAGGCCAAGGUCAAGGUCACGGUGGGGGACGGAAGAACAAGAGAGUUGGUUUUCAACCUGAUAAUCUCGAACACCCACACUCUUCCGGGGCUAUUGAUAAAGAAGCCAUCUACAUCCCAGAGCCUCCACCGAGGCGUAUCCCAACAUCUGAAAAACUCCUCGCCCUCAUCAUGGCACCCAACAACCCCGAGUCGGCUCGGACCAAGGGCCUCGUGGGCAAACCUUUAUUAUAUUUCACAAGUGUUUUUGUUUCGUUAGGAGUCUUUCUGUUUGGUUAUGAUCAGGGUGUCAUGUCAGGAAUCAUCACCGGCCCUUUUUUCAGAGAUUACUUCAACCAGCCCGGCCCCGCCGAGGUCGGGACCAUGGUGGCCAUUCUCGAGAUUGGGGCCUUGAUUUCAUCCUUGGGUGUCGGCCGGAUUGGCGACAUCAUCGGACGACGCAGAACUAUUCUCUAUGGCGCCAUGAUCUUCUUCGUGGGUGGAAUGUGCCAAACCUUUGCCAAUGGCAUGCCCAUGAUGAUGGUCGGAAGAUUUAUUGCCGGCUUGGGUGUGGGCGCGCUUUCAACCAUCGUUCCUGUCUACCAGUCGGAGAUCAGCCCUCCCCACAAUCGGGGCAAGCUGGCGUGCAUAGAAUUCACAGGAAACAUCACUGGCUACGCAGCCAGUGUCUGGGUCGACUACUUUUGCAGCUACAUUGAUAGCGACAUGUCAUGGCGACUGCCCCUACUCAUGCAGUGCGUUAUGGGUGCCUUGCUCGGAUUCGGUAGCCUAAUCAUCUGUGAAUCCCCCAGAUGGCUUCUCGACAAUGACCACGACGAAGAAGGCAUCAUUGUCAUUGCCAACCUCUAUGGCAAGGGCGAUAUCCACAACGCCAAAGCACGACAAGAAUACCGAGAGAUCAAGAUGAAUGUCCUCAUCCAACGUCAAGAGGGCGAGCGGUCGUACACGGACAUGUUCAGGCGCUACUAUAAGAGAGUCUUCAUCGCCAUGUCGGCUCAAGCGUUUGCCCAGCUCAAUGGCAUCAAUGUUAUUUCUUACUAUGCACCACUAGUGUUCGAGUCAGCCCGAUGGGUGGGACGGGAUGCUAUCCUGAUGACUGGCAUCAACUCGAUCACAUAUUUGGCUUCCACCAUCCCGCCUUGGUACCUUGCAGAUAGGUGGGGCCGACGACCGAUCCUCCUCUCAGGAGCCGUGGCUAUGAUUAUCUCUUUGUCACUCAUCUCGUACUUUAUCUUUAUUGAUGUCAAGCGGACACCCGUGAUGGUGGUGGUCUUUGUCAUGAUCUACAACGCUUCAUUUGGAGCGAGUUGGGGUCCCAUCCCCUGGCUCUACCCUCCCGAAAUUUUACCCUUGAGUAUUCGGGCCAAAGGGGCCAGUUUGAGCACCGCGAGCAACUGGGCGUUUAAUUUCCUGGUGGGGGAACUUACUCCAGUGCUACAAAAGGCUAUCACCUGGAGGCUCUAUUUAGUGCACGCAUUCUUUUGCGCCGUCAGUUUUGUUCUUGUAUACUUUGUUUAUCCUGAAACUGCGAAUGUCCGCUUGGAAGACAUGAAUGCCCUUUUUGGAGACGCAACGACGGCUAUGCCCACCCCUGCUACUCAAGCCGAGCGAGGCUCCCUGAUGGGGGUCGGAUCCCCUUCCUCGAUCGACAUUCGAGGUGGAUAUCAACAGCCUGGGAUGUUCUCCGCCGACUCAGCCAUUCCAGGGCUCGAUAUCGACCCUCCGGAUGUUCAACUCGAUCCUGAAGGCCGCAUCCGCGGUCGAAGCGACGCGAAGGAGGGCUUAGGCGGCUGGAUUGGCCGAAUGGUGUCUCGGAACCGGCAAGACAGCAGUAGCAGAGCACGGGGUCGGUAUGGACAAGUGGGACAAGACGAAGACUAAAGGUUCAAGUCGGAGAGAAGUUGGGUAUUGAACAUUGUCAAUCUCGAACGGGGGCCAUUUCUAGAGAGACACACGGUUCGGGCGCAAAUGCCCCAGUCAAAAAUGCACAUAGAUUUCGGGCGUUGACUUGAGGGAAAGCCUCGAGAGGGUAGGCCAUGGCCAGAGAGAGGUUUGGGGCAUCGACAUGCUCGCAGUUCCCUCAUCACUAUUGGUUUAUGGCGGAUGAGGCCAGGCGCAGGUGUUAAUUUCAUUGGAGUCAGGUGACUUUAAAACUAGGGACGAAGCAUAAAGGGCCUGGAGGUAGAGUGUAGAGAGACUCCCGCGUCCCCCCAAAUCAGGGUUUUGGGGUUACGGACCCUCUCAUCAUUUCUCUCGCCCGACAUAGCAUAGUCGAAGUAGGUCUGAAUGAUAAAUCAC